AUGAACCUGAACUACACGUCUCCGGGCGCACAGAUGCCCAGUCAGAGGUCAACGUCCUUCUUCAUUGAAGACAUUUUGCUCCACAAGCCGAAGCCUUUGCGGGAUGUGUUUCCGUCGCCUUUCUCCAACUCGCUCGCGUCUCGGAUGCCUCUGCUUGAAUACGGAUACCCCCUCAUGCCCACUCCGAUCCUCGCCUCCCAUCCACACCAUCCGCUGCACAAACCAGAACAUCACCCCUACUUCUUCACCUCCGGAGUGCAGAUGCCAUCGUUGUUCCAGCAUCACCCGGAGCUGCCCGGGAAACACUGCAGGCGCCGGAAAGCGCGCACCGUUUUCUCGGACUCGCAGCUGUCCGGCCUGGAAAAGCGCUUUGAAAUGCAGCGGUAUCUCUCAACCCCGGAGCGUGUGGAGCUGGCCACAGCACUCAGCCUCUCAGAAACACAGGUGAAAACUUGGUUUCAGAACCGAAGGAUGAAGCAUAAAAAGCAAUUAAGGAAAACGCAGGAGGAGCAGAAGACACCCGGGGACUCGGACAGAUCUGUGGAGAACUCGAGUGCCGGCGAGCUGCACGACAAAAGCGCAGGAGACGCAAAAGACGCAAUGAGUCCGGACAGAUACACGGUGGAUGAAAACGAAGACGAGGUCGAUAUUGAGGACGACAUCUGCUCCCCUGAACAUUUACUAUAG